GUGAUGUCAGACAUUUUGACAGACAGAGUUGUGCAGAGAUUGUCAAAACUGAUUAAUCCUGGGAAUAUCCGUGCAGAUGACUUUAGCGUAGAACUGGGAUUCACCAAAGUCAAGGGCAAUGCCGCAGCGAUAGGGGCCAAUCUCACCAUGAAUCAACCUGGCGCAUUCGACAAACUCCUCUCCAAGUAUGUUAUGAAACAUGGACGGAAGAGCGAAAGUGCUCUGCAACUGAGACAGAUCUUUCUAGAGAGUGAAGAAUUGAAGCCCUGCGCUGAUUUCGUCAAAGCAGAAUUAGAGAAGUUUAAAAUUCCUGUCCCGUCAGACGCAGAAACACUCGUGGACACAUCUGUACCCCUCCCGUCCCCUCAUUGUGGCACACCGGGUGAGGUAGCAGAGGCCGCUGGUGGGACUAAAACUGGUGCAAAAACGAAGAAAGUAUGUCAGGAUCCAGCUUACAAGCCUGACGAGGAAAUGGAAACAUGAACGUCCAUCCUUUUGUUAUUUUUGAAUUACUU